AUGCCUCAGCAAGGCUCGUUGCCGAAGGGCAGCCGGAAGCGCACGAGGACCGGCUGUCAGCGGUGUCGAGUACGCAGGAUCAAGUGCGACGAGUCCAAGCCCGUGUGUCGACAGUGCCAAGCAAAUGGGUUCAGGUGCCAGCCCCUAUCCACUUUGAAGUGGGAAGACGAGUUCGCAUCGAAGGGAUUGGCUUUCGGCCGCAGUGGUGUGUGGUCGAAGUCUCCACCCGCCGCCAGGUCCCCGGAUUUUACCGGCGUUGGACACAAGGACACUAUCUGGUGUGAUAUCCCAACGAUACAGGCUUACAGCUUCGUCAAUGUCACCCUCGGCAGACAGACCAACGAAUGUGUCGCUUUGAAACGUGUCGAGUCACCAGGAUCCAAAGUUGAGCCUUUUCUACCGGGUCCGCAAGGCCACCAUUACGAUGAAGCCCAAAUCAAGCAUUCUGACAGUCUUGACGCUCUGGAAAUGGAAGCAUAUCUGUCCACCCACGUUCGUCAAGCGGGAAAGGAGCACGCAUCAGGGACGCUCAACAUCAACCGACCACCAUCCCUUCUAUCAUUAAGCUCGCUCCAAUCGACCCUCUUGACGUAUUACAUGGAAAGACUCUGUCCAUUAACAGUGCCGAGUCCACUUUCCAAAUCUCCAUUUGCAACGCUGAUUCUCCCCUUCUCAAUUUCCAACUCACCAGUGGUUCUGAAUUCAAUACUGGCACUUUCUGCGAGCCACCGUGCAAGACAAGAUGCCGCAUUCAAGGCCACGGCACUGCAGCUGAGCGGCGGCGUCCUUCGCUACCUCGGCCGUAGGAUGAGGACGACCGAUACGACCCAAGUCGCCCUUGAUCCGGAGACGCUGGUCAUCACGAUGCUGCUCUGUCUGAUUGGUAUCAUCCACGAUUGCGACGAGCGGUGGGUUGUGCACCUAAAAGGUGCCCGAGAUCUCAUCCGAUUACGCAGACAGGCGCUCCUCUCUGCAGCUCCUCAGAGCCAGUCGACGGCUGAGCUGGUGGACUUUUCAGAGAAAUUCUUUGCUUACCAAGACAUUAUCGGCCGGACGGCCUGCGGCGAAGAACCGAUAUUUGACGGCGACUUCUGGGUGUCCCACGGGACUAGCAACGACACAGACGCGUGGCUGGGAUGCUCACCAGAACUUGUCUCCAUACUGUGCGAGAUCACGGAGUUGAGCCGCUUGCGGUCAGGGAACCCUGCUGCGAGUGACGUUUUUCUGUCUCGGGUCUAUUCACUAGAGAAAAGGCUUGGUCGGCUUGAGCAGCGAGUGUUUAACCCGGAGGACGAAGUACUCCAGACGACGGCUGAGCUGAAGAGGCUUUCGGCUGUCCUGUAUCUCGAAUGCGCCAUACGCGACGCUCAGCCUAAGUCUCCGCGAGUGGGUGCUUCCGUUACUCAGAUUUUGCGACUGGUCUUUGCACUACUGGAGCGAGAUGUCAUGGCCGGGCUCGCGUGGUCCAUUUUCAUCGCAGCUGUUGAGCUGGACCCGUUGGAAGACCUGGUCUGGACAACUGAGACAACAUCGGCCGCACCACGGCAUGGACGAAACUUUGUAUUGUUCGCUCUGGACAAAAUGGCUGGGAAUUCUGUAUCCAAUAUUUCACAAACCCGCUCAGUUAUCGAAAGGGUCUGGCAGUCGAGGGACAUGGACGCAAAUUCCGAGCAGCAUCGUGGACGGAACGACUGGGAACAACAUGUUGCCCCAUUUUGUCACGGCCUCUCCUUGGGAUAG